GCUAAAGUGCUAAACCCAAAUCCCCCGCACAUUUUACAACUCAUAAUCAUCUCUCUACAAGUUCCGACUUCAUCCAUCAGCUUCUGAAUUCCUUUCCCUCCCAACUAUUCACACAAUGCGUUUCACAUCGUGUUGCGGAGGUGCCGGCGCUAAAACCCUAGUUUUAGUCGGAAAAGCAGGCAACGGGAAAAGCGCAACCGGCAACACCAUCAUCGGCCGCCGGGUGUUCGAAUCAAAGCGCAGCUUAGCCGGCGUUACCUCCACAUGCCAGCUGGAGACCGCUACGUUAAGCAACGGACAAAUUAUCAAUGUCAUCGACACCCCAGGGCUAUUUGAUUCUUCUGUCGAGCCUCGUCUGUUGGCUACAGAGAUUGCUCAAUGCAUUAAAAUGGCGAAGGAUGGAAUUCAUGGAGUUCUUCUAGUCCUUUCGAUAGGAAACCGUUUUUCUGAAGAAGAGGCGUCGGCUUUUGCGAGCUUGUGCCAAAUCUUUGGUCACGAGAUUGCUGACUAUAUGAUUGUUGUUUUUGCUCAUGGUGAUUUACUAGAAGAUAAUCAGUGUUUGGAGGAUUUUUGGGGCCCUAAUUGUCCUCAGCUAUUGACGGAUAUUAUGGCAAUGUGUGGGAAGAGAGCUGUUGUAUUUGACAAUAUGACAAAAGAUGAAGACAAGAUAUCUAGGCAAAGGAAGGAACUUCUCUCCCUUGUGGAGGCUGUGGUGAAGAACAAUGGUGGGAAAUCAUACGUGAACUAUCUAUUCGAGGCACUGAAUAUGAGUGAAAUGGAUCUGAUUGAUCAAACUAGUGAAGUCACAUGCUCGGAGAAAUCUCACGAGGGAAAGAAGUUCCAUAUAAAGUAUGAAGAGCAGUUUGAGCAACUCAUUAAGAUGGUUGAGUUGAGGCUGGGGGAGUGCAUUAUGAGGCUGGAGAAGCAGUUGGCCGAGGAGAGGGUUGCUCGGUUGGAGGUAGAGUUGAAGGCGCAGGCAGCUCAAACUAAAUCAAAAGAGGAGAUGAUUGAGAUGAAAGAGCGUCUAGAGAGAGCUGAGGAGUUGAGCAAGAAGCUCGAAGAGAAGUUCAAGAAUGCUGAGAACCAAAGCAAGGAGAAGGCGAGUGAGACGAUCUGGUCGCGGAUGGGUUGUAUUAUAAUGUGAUGAAAUGAAGCAAUGAGAUUAUUUGGGGCAUCAUGCAUCAGAUCGCUUGAAUGUUAUCUUGCUACUCUCUUUUGGUUUUUGAAUGGAUUUAUUUAAACUGAAACUGAUGCUUGGAGUUCAAGAGCUAGCUUUCUUGAAAGCCUGAA